CCUAAAUGGCUGCUGAUGCAGCGUCAUAUUUGGUCUAUCUCAUUGAAAUGUGAGAUUUACGGAAGAGUUCCGUCCAGGCGUGGCAGGCGAACUUCCGUCUUCAAAACCAGCUUCAUCAGAAAAAUGACAGCGACUUUGCGCCCCUACUUGAACGCCGUGCGUGCAACUCUGCAGGCAGCGCUCUGCUUGGAGAACUUCUCCUCCCAGGUGGUGGAGCGUCACAACAAACCCGAGGUAGAGGUCAGGAGCAGUAAAGAGUUGUUGCUACAGCCUGUAGUCGUCAGCCGCAAUGAAAAAGAAAAGGUUCUCAUUGAGGGCUCUAUCAACUCUGUCAGAGUCAGCAUUGCUGUAAAGCAGGCUGAUGAAAUUGAGAAGAUCUUGUGCCACAAGUUUAUGCGGUUCAUGAUGAUGAGAGCAGAGAACUUCUUUAUCCUGCGGAGAAAGUCAGUCGAAGGUUAUGACAUCAGUUUCCUCAUAACCAACUUCCACACAGAGCAGAUGUACAAGCACAAGUUGGUGGACUUUGUCAUUAACUUCAUGGAGGAGAUCGACAAAGAGAUCAGUGAGAUGAAGUUGUCUGUCAACGCCAGAGCUCGUAUUGUAGCAGAGGAGUUCCUCAAGAAUUUUUGAGAGGAUCUCCUGCCAUCCUGCCAAUUGGUCACAUGACAUGGCCGUUACUGUGUCUGAGGACAGGGUGACAGCGUGAGAGGGGAGAGCCCUCGUGAAUGAACAGCCAACCAAUGAUAACGAACACACAAAAAUGACCAAUCCUAUGACAGUGUGCUUAGCACCCAAUUGUAUAUCACAAGAGUAUUCCCCUGUUCGUAUGAUUAUUGAUGAUUGUAUAUAAUGAAAUAGUUUUGAUUUCAUUUUAUAGAAUUUGGGAUAAAUCCCAAAACCAAGGCGGGUCCUUAUAGUAUUAAUCAAGUUAAUAUUCAUGGAAACAGGGACAAUGAGUGUUGCAAGAGAAUGUUGCGAUAUAAAUUGACUAUAUUGUUUUUAUACAUUCUGUAUGUCCUUUCAUAUAACCUAGACUGUUUUUGUCAUAAAUGCCUGAAUCUCAGAGGAAGGCAUCAUUACAAAUAAUUGGAAAGAAGCCACAAGAAACCCUGUAUAAAAUGGUGUGGUGAAUAUGAUAAAAACGCAAAUCACCAAUAAAAUGUUGGAUUGUU